GCCUUUCUUGAAAGCCGUCAACCGUCAACUCUGGCGUGAAUCCCGUGUUGUUCCCCACAGCAGCAGCGGCAGCAACAGCAGCCAGCAGUGCCAGCAGUCCGCAGAAUCACGACGUCCUCAACACAGUGGUCCCGACGUUUUCCUUCGGGAAGAUCUUCGUGCCAACGUAUGGAACGUGGUUUGAUGCGGUUGUGGGGAUCUCCGAUCAAGUCGAGGCUAGGCCAGUGGGCGUCCCCGGCCUGACGCUCGAGAGAUGUCCACCUGGCUGGAGCUGGCAGAGGAGGGUGCGGUGAGCCCCGCCCAGCUAGUGUCGUGGGGGGCGUCCACGGCCAUCAUAUUCGGCGGGGUGGUGCCCUACGUCCCGCAAUACCGGGAGAUCCGGCGGACCAACAAUGCCGAAGGCUUCUCGCCCUUCGUGUGCCUGGCGCUGCUCGUUGCCAACACUCUCCGGAUCCUGUUCUGGUUCGGCCACCCGUUUGAGCUGCCCCUGCUGGCCCAGAGCCUAGUGAUGACUGCCUGCAUGCUGGCCAUGCUGAGGCUGUGCGUGCACACCCGCAGCCAGAGCCUCGUCCUGCCGCAGCCCAGCCACACCUUCACAGGCGGGCGCCCGUUUCUAACCCUGGUUGUACCUGCGGGUGGCUCAGAUGGCGUCUCCUGCCAGAGGUCUCCUCUCCCGACGGGAACCCUGUGGGAGCACCCCUGGCGGCAGUUCUGGGCCUGGACGGACUUCCUGAGCUACCUGGAGUUCAUGGCCAGCUUUGCCCUGUGCACGGGGGCCCUUCUGUACCUGUUCCUGGACUGCGCCCCUCUGGUGGAGGCCCUGGGCUUCCUGGCCCUGCUCACCGAGGCCCUGCUGGGGCUGCCCCAGUUCUGGAGGAACCUGCGCAACCGCUCCACACGGGGCAUGAGCAACCAGAUGGUGCUCCUGUGGACCCUGGGGGACGUGUUCAAGACGGUCUACUUCGUGGUGCGCUCCGCCCCGACACAGUUCUGGGUGUGCGGCGGCCUCCAGGUGGCGCUGGACGUCGCCAUCCUGCUGCAGGUCGUCUGGUACUGGCGCAAGUGCAGCACCAGCUGACCCGGCACCCCGGCGGGGCAAGGGGCAGGGCCACCCUUUCUCUCCUGUGUCGCCGGCAACUGAGCCCGGGGACCCGCUCUGCGUCGUCGUCCGGUUGCCGCACGUUUGCACUCGACCGGAAGCGUCGGAACCACCCUGGGCCGCUUACGACGAGAGGACACGGUGUCAUGCCGGGGCCAUCUAUUGAGCAGCCCUUGAAACUCUUAGAUUUGCAUCUAACCGUAGUCGCCGACAUAGCGAGUACGGUGGAGUGGCUCUUUAGAAUGCCUCCAGCAAGCGCACGCUACCCUCCGCAGCACUUUGGCCGCGCAUGCGCGCUGGAGGCUUGCAAGAAUCGGCAGCAUCGUCGAAGGUAGGAAGCAUGCGCCGGAGGUGGGAUUAUCGAAGGACCUCCUCGCCAUUCUCGUUUUGUCAGUGAAUGUAGGCUCGAUUCAUUUACUUGCACCCGCUGCACUGAUGCAGAAAAGUGUGGAGCAAUGUACUUUCGGUUGUAUUGUGGUAUAGACCGCACUUAUAAAUCAAACACAGUGGUGCACACCGAGCGUAGCCACUGCAGGUUAAUACGGAUGCAUAAAGGAAUACCGUUGAACCCUUCACACCAGGUGGCGGCGCGCACCACCUAGCCGUACGACGUAGCAGCGGGCGCUAUCUAUCAAGCAGCCCCGGGACACUUGCAACCUGCGUGUAACUUACUAGGCGGCAACCUGCCCCUGACCGGAGGCCUGUCCCGGCUUCCAUCGUUCCUUUCGCCCCAAAAUAAAUGGCAACAACGUUCCGUGGCACAUUUGCAGGACAAAAUCAACGCACCAUCUGCGAGAAACGGUCGCUCGUAGCGUCGUCCGAGUUACUCGGAGCCCAUGGCGAAAUGACGACGCAUGAAAGAUUGGAAAAUGAAUGUGUGGACUGGUGCCAUCCUUGGGCUGCAUGAUAAACGGCGCCGGCACAUCAUAUCGGUCGCAAGUGGGCUCUACGCACUAAGGGUCGCUCAAACGUGAACUCUUGAGCCAACCCCGAGCCACGGACGAACGAAACUCGCAAACGCGUCUGCGAUCGCACCGAACGGCUCCGCUGCAUUGCCCAGCCGCUUGUGUUUGCCACUGCAUGCUCACGCGAUUGGCGAAGUUUUGUUCUCGUACGCUUACCUCGGAGCCAGCAGAAUUACUAUAGUUGGGACGCUAUUUUCUAGGGAGCACCGUCUUAGUGCAUCGGGAAAUUAUGAGAGAAAGAUUUCUCCAAUCGCGCUAAGCUGCAACGAACUAACAAAGCUUUUUUUUUUUUUUUGCGAGAACUGUGUGGUUGUUACGUCGACGUGCGCUAUAUGGUCAUCCUCGAUCGAUGCCAGUGAUAAUGCAGCGUAGAAGCCGACUACUGCCCUGGAAUGUCUGCCGCAUGCUUUGUGCCUAGUCCUCCCAGCGCAGACAGAGACCCCCUGGUCCAUAGUGUGGGCGCCAAGGCAGACAAAUGAGCGAUAAAGCACCGCCGAGCUGGCGAGCAAUGUCCACAGUGAACCCGGGACAAAAGAAACGGAAAGAAAGACACUGAAAAUUGCUCAUAUACUGCGGUAGUUUCCAACUUUGUAAAGCGAGGAUAAUCGCAAAACAUACCCGCAAAUGUGGUACCUAUAUGUGCUUGCCAUGUGAGCUGAUUUACACUGAACUCUGCCUUCCCCCCCGCCACCAGGACAGAAACAGAUACACACUGACAAAAAGGAACCUCGCAAAACAGUAUCUGUUGCCGUGGCGGUCGCCAUCUUGGCCCUUCCAAUAAUUCAAAGCUUCGAGGUGGUCAUUCUGAACCAGCCAUGCCUAGAUCUGGAUGACGUGUAAUUGUACUGAAAGUGUUCAUGGCCACAUCUCAGCAUCUUUUGCACCAUAUAUGCAAUCAACUUAGGUUAUCUCCACCUAUCCUUUAAAGCGAUAUUGUCCUUCGUGCAUAUUUUAUGAGGGUGGAAUAAUUUUUAAAUGCUGCUGAGCACCGCCAUUGCGCUUUGUGGCGGCACAAUGCUGUGCACUUGUUCCGUGGCCACCGAGGAUCAAAACGUAAAAAAGAGUUAGGGUUACUAGAGAUGAUUACACAAUGACCGGAGACUCGACAACUCAGUUGAUUUCAGACCUAAAUAAAUAUCGAAUCGCAACAAAUGUCUUCAUGAAGUGACCUGAUGCCGCAAUUUUGGAUUGGCUCACCAAAACUAGAGUUGUUGAGCAGAAUUAGCUAAUUCCAUGGAUCAAAACGGCGACCAUAACUUGGCACUACUUUCUCAGGAUGUAGCGACUUUAGAGUGAAACCUGUUUAGAACUAACCCACGUACAGCGAAUUAUUGUCGAUAUCGAACUCACGGAAAAUUUAAAUAAAAAUGCAUGUAAAAUGUACUUUUUAUAACGAACAACAUAUUGGCUAUAUCAAACAUUUUACCUACCGGGAAGACUUCCAAAAACCCCAAAACAAUCGUCUUCUAGCCUAGGCCCUCCCCCCCCCCCCCUUUCCCCCCCCCCCCCCCCCAAAAAAAAAAAAGUAGGAAAGAAAGAAAAGUUUAUAAGCUAACCGCGAACAAAAUUGAGCGAAGAGAAGCGAUUUAGAAGGGGAGAAAGCUCUAGAAACACCAUCCCAAAGCAGUUGUUCACGAAGAAAAGCGAUUCAAAAGUGGAUAUAAGCUAAAAAAACAAACUCUGCUUGCAUUAAAAAAAAAAAAAAAUCAAAUUUUCCAGCAUUUUGUUACAAGGCGGAAGCGAAGAGAUGAGAAAGAAAAAGAACCUAUCGCCUUACAGCAAACGCAUCGUAGAAGUUCGUUGUUAAUGGUUUUUGCUAUAUCGAACUACUUGCUAUAUUGAACUGAUCGUAGUGUUUCCUGCUGUUCGUUAUAAACGGGUUUGACUGUAAUUUACCCCAGGGUGCCUUCAUGCAGGCCUUGCUUAGGGCGGUGCCAACUGCCCGUUCCUUUCUCCCACCACCAUCUUGUUUUUUGGAUAUUUUCGCGAGGCCAUUAGCAACAUUGAGUUCGUGCCAGCCUGUAAGCUCUGGCAACGCUACGCGGCUACUAUGGUUUCCAUAGAAUCGACCGAUUUCAGGCAGUUCAGUGGGUACAGUUGUGUUCAUUUCAAUGCUUCAUACUUUCAUUACUCUGCUACCUCAUAUGUUUAUGUUGAAAGCUAGAGGUAAUCAUAGCUUCUAGCAUAACGCAAGUAAUAUUAACUAUACUUUGAAUUUUUAUUUAGCUGUCAUUUGUGUUUUGGCCAUUCAUCUUGCAAGCUAUGAGAAUCAAAGUGAGCAAAUGCUUUAAAAAUAUUGUGUCUUUAAUGACAAACACAUAACCUAACAUUACCUACUUGCAUGGCUACAGUGGUCGGCUACGUGCCCGUGUGACUGGCGACCCACAAUCUUUUGACAAGGUUAUCAAUGCCAUUGCCUGGCACUUUUGGGUACUCUGGCCAUGAAACAUCAUGGCCAACGAAAAUAGAGAAAUACCCACGGCUGGUAUCAAGAAAGGUCUGUCCUAAACAAAGUGCACGUGAAGGCACACUAAUUUACCCGUCUCAAAAUCUUGCUCCUGUAAAAUAUUCUAAAGGUAGUACUUCUUAGAAUUAAUGACGACAUUAAGCCUGCAGUAACAUUGUUGCUUAUGGUACUUGCAAUGGCUCGUGCUUGCCAUGUUUUACGUUUUCUUCUCUCGGGUUAAUUGUGAACGUUUCUCACUUCCUUUUCAUGGGUGCCUACCUGGUUGUGAUUUAUUGUAGUUUAUGUGGGGGAGAUGGGUUUCAAAGAGAAGUUGGGAAGAGAUAUUUUUUAAACACGUUUGUAGAUUCCAUUACAGUCAAUGGACACCUGUUGACAGCAGACUGAGAUGAGAGGGGAAGUUUGGUGCUCUAUCAAGGUCCCUUAUUUUAGAGCCCCUCUUUUUUUGGACAGGCUUGUGCUUUGCAUAAUUUUUCCGGAGGAGUUGCUCAGGCACUCUGCUUACCGAACUUGAAAUAGUGAAACUGAGCUUUAGAUAUGGCAGCAGAUCACCAAAGAACCAGAUGCGUGUUUGCCACGCAUUCUAGUUAGGCUCGAAAUAACCUAGGGACAAUAUCGAGGUAGGUAGACCACGCGCAAGAGUCUUGAGGUGCUCGGAGGCCUGUUCCCACGUACAGUGCGGUGCUGGUUCAUUGCUCGAUGCACUGCCGAUUUAACUCCGACAAAGCAGGUUUUGAAUUGGUUGAGAAGGAAACCUCGGCCAUGGGGGGAUGAAAUGAAGCACUCCUGUAAGCUUGUUCCGUUCCAGGCAAGCAAAAAGGGAAAUGCACCUUCGGACCAGAGCACUAAGCCCACAUGUCCCCCCGCACGUCGUCUGGUUAGUGAAGCGAGCUUGAUCAAGCACGCGGCCGGCAGUCUUCAUUGGUUGCCAAGGGACCCCUCCCCGUCUGGGCAUCGACGCAACAAUACAGUGCAGAAGCCCACAGACU